AUGGGCUUUGGUUUCGGCGUAGGCGACUUCAUCGCGGUGAUCAACCUUGCCGGCGAGAUCCGUUCCCGCUUUGUUGAUGCCCCGCAUCAAUUCAGAGAUCUCUCAAAUGAAGUCAAGAGCCUUUCGUAUAUUCUUCACGAUAUCGAGAUUCUCCCACAACCAGACCUCCCCGGCGAGGAGAUCGCUGGGUUCGGUGAAGUGAUCCAGAGCUGCAAAGAAGUCCUCAAAGAAUUGGAAGAGACGCUAGACAAAUAUCAAGAAUUAGAUCCUACCAGGAGGGACUUUGCCGGACGGUCAAGAAGAGUCUGGAAAAGACUUAGGUGGGAUCAGAAAGAUAUUGACAGGCUUCGAAGUCGGGUCACAUUGAAUGUCUCGAUGCUCACUACAUUCCUUGAGCGGAUAAGCAGUCAAACGUUAUCAGCAGUCAAAGAGGGUGUGAAUCAGUUGAUUACCCAUCAGCGUGAUCAGGAUCGACAGGCUAUUCUGAACUGGCUCUCGCCGGUCGACUAUGCUCUGCAACAAAACGACUUCAUUGGUAGACGACAGGAAGGAACAGGGCGAUGGCUUCUAACUUCAAAUGAAUUUCGAGACUGGGUGAGCCUCAGUAACCAGACGUUGUUUUGCCCCGGUAUUCCAGGAGCCGGUAAAACAAUAAGCACUGCCAUCUUAAUCGAUGAGCUCUACAAAAGGUUCCAGAAUGACUCCAGUAUCGCAAUUGCGUAUGUUUACUGCAACUUCCGAAGGCAACAUGAACAAAAAGCUCUUGAUCUCCUUGAAAACCUACUCAAACAGUUAAUCUGGGGUCUGGAUGUAGUACCUCCAAGCAUACAGCGGCUUUACGAGAAGCAUUGCCUGAAUCGAAGUCGACCAUCAAUCGAUACGAUAUCAAAGACCUUGCAAUCCAUUGUCCCAAGUUACUCCAGAACAUUUAUCGUUAUUGACGCGCUCGACGAAUGCCAAGUCAGGGACAGAGAGCAGGCGCAGUUUCUGACCGAGUUACUCAGUCUUCAAACCCAGGCAGAAAUCAAUCUCUUUGUGACUUCGCGGUUUAUCCCUGGUAUUGAGAAAAGGUUUCGUGGAAGCAUCAGGCUGGAAAUUCGUGCAAAUGACGAAGACUUGUCAAGAUACCUUCAUCAUCAUAUCCAGAAGCUGCCGUCAUUUGUCUCUCGUAAUUCAGAGCUACAAAACAACAUUAAAGCAACGAUCAUCAAAGCAGUGGACGGAAUGUUCCUUCUAGCACAACUCCACCUCGACUCAUUGAUCGGCAAGCGGUCGCCCAAAGCUAUCAGAAGCGCGCUGGAAAGGCUCCCGAAAGGCUCCGAAGCGUAUGACGAAGCUUACUGUGCAGCUAUGAAGAGAAUUGAGGGUCAGAUCUCGGACUCCGAAACUCUUGCUAAGCAGGUCUUAUCGUGGAUAACUUGCGCCAAAAGGCCACUGACGACCUUGGAACUACAACACGCACUUGCUGUAGAAAUUGAUGAGCGCGAGCUUGAUACUCAGAACCUCCCCGAAAUUGAGGAUAUGGUCUCUGUGUGCGCUGGAUUGGUUACUGUUGACGAACAAAGUUCUGUCAUUCGUCUGGUUCAUUAUACUGCGCAAGAAUUCUUUAUCCGAACGCAGAGGCGCUGGUUUGAGAACGCAGAGACAUCCAUUGCCGAGAUUUGCAUGGCUUAUUUGUCGUUCGAUACUUUUGCAUCAGGGUUCUGCCAGUCCGACGAAGAUUUUGAGACAAGAUUAAAGUCCAAUCCAUUGUUCGAUUAUGCGGCCCGGAAUUGGGGCCAUCAUGUCCGCAACUCAAACGAUAGCCAUCCAAAUACAGAAUUCCUUGAGGAUGAAGCCAAAGUAUUGGCUUCGAGCCAAGCAUUAAUGGUCAUGGAAAAUCACCGUUAUCCUGGUUACAGUCAACGCGUACCAACACAGAUAAGGGGCAUGUAUCUUGCGGCGUGGUUUAGGCUAACAGAGAUAGUGAAUUGGCUAGUUAAAAAGGGGCAUGAUAUAAAUUACAAGAAUUCUUAUGGUCGGACACCCCUGUCAAAUGCCUCUGCGAAUGGAUCCGAGGAGAUAGUGCAACUCCUCCUUAAGAAGGGUGCUGUGGUUGACUCAAUGGAUAGGGACAGCCAGACACCACUGUUGUGGGCUUCUCGGAAUGGACAUGAGGCGGUGGUGCAAAUGCUCCUUGAAAAGGGUGCUGUGGUUGACUCAAUGGAUAAGUAUGGCCAGACACCACUGUUGCGUGCUUCUCGGAAUGGACAUAAGGCGGUGGUGCAAAUACUCCUUAAGAAGGGUGCUGUGGUUGACUCAAUGGAUAAGUAUGACCAGACACCACUAUCGUGGGCUUCUGGGAAUGGACAUGAGGCGGUGGUGCAAAUACUCCUUGAGAAGGGUGCUGUGGUUGACUCAAUAGGUAUUGACGGCUGGACGCCACUAUCGUGGGCUUCUGGGAAUGGACAUAAGGCGGUGGUGCAACUGCUCCUUGAGAAGGGUGCUGUGGUUGACUCAAUAGGUAUUAAUGGCCGGACGCCACUAUCGUGGGCUUCUGAGAAUGGACAUGAGGCGAUGGUGCAAAUACUCCUUGAGAAGGGUGCUGUGGUUGACUCAAUAGGUAUUGGCGACCGGACGCCACUAUCAUGGGCUUCUGAGAAUGGACAUGAGGCGAUGGUGCAAAUACUCCUUGAGAAGGGUGCUGUGGUUGACUCAACGGAUAAGUACAGCCAGACACCACUAUCGUGGGCUUCUGGGAAUGGACAUAAGGCGGUGAUACAACUGCUCCUUGAGAAGGGUGCUGUGGUUGACUCAAUAGAUAUUGACGGCCGGACGCCACUAUCGUGGGCUUCUGAGAAUGGACAUGAGGCGGUGGUGCAACUGCUCCUUGAGAAGGGUGCUGUGGUUAACUCAAUAGAUAUUGACGGCCGGACGCCACUAUCGUGGGCUUCUGAGAAUGGACAUGAGGCGGUGGUGCAACUCCUCAAGAAGGGCGCUGGAGCAAGAUAA